AUGCUGGAUAAUACCUCCCCGGAAAAUCAGCUACGUAGCUAUUUAUCUUCGCUCCAGAAUGAGAUUAAAUCUUCCAAUUGUUCAAUAGAAAUUAUAUCAGAAUUUCUACGUGGACCGCUAGAUUUUCUUGAAAACAAAAAUUGGAAAGGCCCUUUUCCAAAUCGACAAUUGCAUAAAUAUUUUCUCUCAAAACUCUACUCAAAGCAUCUAAGUUUUAUACUUGAAAAUAUUAUAAUCAAUUGGUUUGAGAUCCUCACUCGAACACAACAACAAAUUUUAGUCACAGAGUAUUUUUUUCCUUCAGGCGAAAAAAAUUUGCAAAAAAAAACAAGAGCAUGCAUUUCUUUACAGAUCCUUGUAUCCCACUUUUCUGUUUCUCGUCAAAAAAAUUCUCAGCUUGAGCAGAGACAGCAAACCCAUUUGCUGACGAUAAUAAAAAAAUUUUUAAUCUCACUUCUUAGUACAUACUCUAUUGGGGAUUUUUUUGAUGCUAUUUUGGAUAAUGAUGACAUUAAUCUCAAUGAAAGAUUUUUAUACUGGAAAGAAUUUGUGAGCCUUGUCUGUUCUAUACCAGAAAAGGCUGCAAAUUUAAUGGUUUUGAAUCAAAAUCAAAUCUAUAACUCAAGAUUGCUAGAGGAUGAUGAUUUUCUAAGUGAUGUGUAUCCUUAG